UUUAUCCUGGGACUCAUAUUCGUACAGAUCCGUCGCACUAACGGAGCGAAUAUUAAGAGUUAAGGAAAGAGAUUUGUCUCGACUCCAUGGUUUCGUUUCCAUUUCAGUUUUGAAUCGUCUAUUUUUUCCUUAACAUCGUAUUUAUAUUAUCGUUAGUAUCGAACAAGUUUUACGGCUUCUACAUCACCAAGAGCCGAGGCACCACCACAGCAAUGUCUAUCUUUCUCCCUGCCAAUUUACAACAAUGCCCUUCGCCCUCCCUCUCGCAGUCAACCCCACUCUUCUCCCCGUCUCAUUCCACCGCUUUCUCCUUCGUCGGAACUCGCCUGAGAAGCCUCAGAUUGGUUACUUCCUGCGUCACCUCCGUUCAAAGCAGUGUCGCUAAUGGUUCCGCCCCAGCUCCUGUUGUCAUGGAGAGAGAGCAGAUUCGUCUUGGUCUUCCUAGCAAAGGACGCAUGGCCGCCGACUCCACCGAUCUUCUCAAGGACUGUCAACUAUUUGUCAAACAAGUCAAUCCAAGGCAGUACAUUGCACAAAUUCCGCAGUUACCAAACACUGAAGUCUGGUUUCAACGUCCAAAAGAUAUUGUCCGGAAGUUACUCUCAGGAGAUCUGGAUCUAGGUAUCGUUGGUCUUGACACACUUCGUGAAUAUGGUCAGGAAAAUGAAGAUCUUAUCAUUGUCCAUGAAGCUCUCAACUUUGGAGACUGUCAUCUGUCCAUCGCGAUUCCCAACUACGGGAUUUAUGAGAACAUAAAUUCUCUCAAGGAGUUAGCAGAGAUGCCACAAUGGAGUGAGGAGAGACCAUUGCGUGUUGCUACUGGCUUCACUUAUCUCGGUCCCAAAUUUAUGGAAGAAAACGGCAUAAAGCAUGUAACGUUUUCAACUGCAGAUGGAGCCCUGGAGGCAGCUCCGGCGAUGGGGAUAGCUGAUUGCAUUUUGGACCUUGUGAGUAGUGGGACAACACUCAAAGAGAACAACUUAAAAGAGAUUGAAGGAGGGGUUGUGCUGGAAAGCCAGGCGGCACUUGUAGCAAGCAGAAGAGCAUUGACCGAGAGAAAAGGAGCAUUAAACACAGUACACGAGAUUCUCGAGAGAUUGGAGGCCCAUCUUAAGGCGGAUGGCCAAUUCACUGUUGUUGCAAACAUGAGAGGAAAUAGUGCUCAAGAAGUGGCUGAGCGUGUGUUGAGUCAACCAUCAUUGUCAGGAUUGCAGGGACCAACAAUAAGCCCAGUUUACUGUAAACAAGAUGGAAAAGUAUCGAUUGACUACUAUGCCAUCGUGAUUUGUGUGCCAAAAAAGGCUCUAUACGAGUCUGUGAAGCAAUUAAGAGCGGUUAGUUAUCCCUGCACUCUCUUGCUUACUGAUCUCAGUUCCAUCCUCGAAGGCGGCAAGACCAUCCUCGAAGGACGUAGAUCCGAAAGAAAAAAAGAAAAACUCUCGCAACGACAAGUAUGUCCAUCACGAGAGAGAAGAUCUCUAAGGGGCGCAUAAUUAUGCGAUCAAUUCGGACCAAAGCCGAACCACGGGCAAUACGUGGACCCGCAACCAAAGGUAUGACGAAAACACCUUCUGCGAGUUCCACCAGUCCCGAGGACACUCUACGACCAACUGCAAAGUCUUGGGAGCAAGGCUGGCCGCAAAGCUACUCGCUGGAGAGCUCUCGGAAGU